GUGGGAGAAGAGCCUGAUGCAUGGGGCUGGGAGUGAGCUGUUUACGGCACUGUGCUGCACUCACAUGCCUGUGCGUGCACGCACGCGCACACAAGCUGGGAGGAGCUCUGCUGUGCUCGCCUGGGGACAGAGGGAGGAUGGGGGGUCCUCCAGAGAGGCCCCCAGGGAGCCCCUGUGCCUGCAGAGGCCGGGCAGGCCCAGUGUGGCCUGGGGGGCUGUGGGGGAGAGCCCCACCUGGACCCUCAGGCCUCCACAUUGCAGAGCAGCGGGGACAGUCUGUCACGAGGGUGCUCUCUCCUUCUUCGCCACCCCUGCCUCCCCUACCAAAGAUGGGCCAGGGCUCCAGGAUCCCUGUGAGAGAGACCCGGUGGACACCCUUGGAUCCAUGACCCCCCAGGAGCGUGAGGACCUCACGGCCAGCGCACAGCACGCCCUGCGCAUGCUGGCGUUCCAGCAGAUCCACAAGAUCCUGGGCAUGGACCCUCUGCUACCCCCCAGAACCAGGCCCGGCAUGCACGUCCGGAAGAGGCUGCGGGAGGCGCGAGAGGCCCAGGAAGGUGAGGGCCAGAGGAAGCAGGCCCGGCAGGGUGGAGAAGGGCCUGCGUGAGCGGCCAGGCCUCCCACAGCCGGACCUGACAUCCCUCCAGCAGCUGCUUCGUCCUGGACUCUGGGCAGUCGUGUGUGCCUUUCCAGUAUUGUUCUAUAGGUUCCUUUAGAAACACCUGUGCUUAGAUCAUUAGAUUGAAUCGUCAGGGGACGUGAGCCCGCUGGGACAGCACCCCGCACCCCAAAGCCUGUUGCCAUGGCAGGGUAGAAGGUGCAAUGGGACAAUUUCAACCCCAGGCAUUUCCCGAGGGUGUGCAGAGGCCGGGUCUCCAGUCCCCAGGUCCAACCUGCUCUAAACUGACCACCCAUUCCCACUCCCUAGCCUAGAGGUGGCCCUGCAGCCAGAGGUCUGUGGGGCCUGGGUGGGCUUGUCCUUGAGUCGCCGCCAUGGGGAGGUGACAGGGCUGAGGGGUGGGGAGGAUGCAGUCUGGGCACUCCCUGGCCUCAGAAACAUCUGUAAUCCGACCGUCUGCCCUUACCCUGAGACUCCUCACCUCACCCCGUACCACUGAGUGCCUUCUGCUCACAGAGUUGCACCAUACUGUCUCCCGUAGGGCUGGGGCCUGCCUUUCGCGGCCAUCCUGCCAUCCGCCCUGCACAGGUUCAGCCUCUGCAGGUCCCGGGCACGCCUCCUGGGAGCAGCAUCCGGGGGCCAUGCCUGGUGCAGGGCCAGGGGUCAGGCGCCUCCCGGCACUGGUGGGCGUGGGGCACCCUCUGCCCAGCACUGCCCCAAUCUGUCCAAACCUC